AUGUCGUCAUUGCGAGACCUUUCCCUGCUCACAAUACUUACACUUGCAGCUGCUGUCAGCUAUGUACUUGACAUGCGAGACGAUAAUCAACUACAGAUCGAGCACUGCAGUUACGAAGAUCUAGAAGACAUGUCUGACCUUCAUUUCAAGGAAAACUUCUGCUUGAGCGCAAAGUGGGGCCACCUUCUUGAUGUGCGCACCUGUGGAAACCUGCUGUCAAGGCAACGUCUCCAGAGAUAUGCUCAACAGGUACGCAGUCACUGCAAUGUUGAUCUGAUUUGGGGCUUUGUGGAUGGUACUCUCCGUCCAGUUGCUCGGCCAAGUAGAGGACAGGAAGCAGUCUACAAUGACCGGAAACACUUUCACGCUCUCAAGUAUCAGAUCAUCAGCACACCAGACGGCUUGCUCUUUGCCCAGGGACCAUGGGACGGCAGCCAGGAUGAUAGUUCAGUCUGGAAAAUGUCGGGCAUUGCAGACUGGCUACAAGCAUCUUCAUUUUCCAAUGACGGCAAGAAACUUUAUCUGUUUGGGGACAGAGGGUAUCAUCUCGAUCAUCACCUCAUCAUCCCUUACAAAGGGGACGACAUAAGCUCGGAAGAAACAUUAUUCAAUCUCAUCAUGAGCAAGUAUCGCAUCACAGUGGAGUGGGCCAUUGGCUCUGUUGUAGCUCUGUUUCCUCGGCUGAGCAACAGACAGCAGCAGAAAUUCCUCUUGACCCACAUUGCAAACGACUAUCUUAUUGCUGUCAUCUUGCGCAAUGCAUUGUCGUGCUUGAAGGGGAAUACAACAUCACGAUACUUUGGACUUGAUCCACCAUCGCUUGACAUGUACUUUACCGAAAGGGUUCCCGACUCUCACUCUGCAUGA